UUUUGCAGGCGGAGCAGUACAGAGAAGAGAGCUCGCAGAUUCGCACUCCGAUUUCAGGAGAACGGAAAAGCCUACAGAUGAUACUCUCUCUCCUUUUCCUCUCUCUAAACCUCUCCUCUCUUUUCCGUCUCUCCGCCUCCAGAGGCUCCGCCGCGGACCGCUUCUAUCGCUCAGGUGAUGUUCAUGUUGAUGGUAUUUAUGUGCGUUCAGGUAGGCAGUUACUUGCGGGUGAAAACUUUAGGAUGACUGAGGAACAGUACAUUCAGAUGCUUGAUAAGUUAGCGCAAGGGUAUAUGAGUAACUUUGAUCUCGACAAAGCAAUAAAGGAUUUUCACCGACGAUGUAGCAAUAUUUCUAGAAUAUACAGUAUUGGGAAAAGUGUCCUUGGAGUUCCUCUGUGGACAAUAGAAAUUUCUAACAUGCCAGGGAAGAAGGAGGCGGAGCCGGCUUUCAAGUUCAUCGGGAAUGUGCAUGGUGAUGAACCUGUAGGCCGCGAGCUUCUGCUUCUUCUGGCCAAUUGGCUUUGUGACAAUUAUAAGAGUGAUCCUUUGGCAACCUUGAUUGUGGAUAAUGUUCACCUUCAUAUACUUCCAUCAAUGAAUCCUGAUGGAUUUGCUCUGAGGCGAAGGAACAACGCAAACAACAUUGAUUUGAAUCGUGAUUUUCCAGAUCAGUUCUUUCCUCUGAAUGAUGAUAUGGAUCUUCGACAACCUGAAACGAAAGCAAUUAUGAAUUGGGUGGAUGAUAUAGAGUUUACAGCAUCUGCCAGCUUGCAUGGGGGAGCGCUUGUUGCAAACUAUCCAUGGGAUGGAACUGAAGAUAAAAAGAGAAAGUACUACGGAUGUCCUGAUGAUGAGACUUACAAAUUUUUGGCAACAUUAUAUAGUGGAUCGCAUUACAAUAUGUCCAAAAGUACAGAAUUUCCUCAAGGGAUUACAAAUGGAGCUUUAUGGUAUCCAAUUUAUGGUGGCAUGCAAGAUUGGAAUUACAUUCAUCAUGGUUGUUUUGAACUUACAUUGGAGAUUAGCGACAAUAAAUGGCCUAAUGCUAGUGAGCUUCCAACUCUAUGGGAAUAUAAUCGAAUGAGCAUGCUGAACCUUGUUGCAGGUAUAGUUAAGACAGGAAUUCAUGGGCGCGUUAUAUCAUCUGAUGAAGGAAAACCAUUGCCUGCAUCAAUAACUCUCAGGGGAAUAAACUACACGAUCGCUGCAAGUAAAUCACUUGCUGAUUAUCAUCGUUUAGUAGCUCCUGGACAAACAUACGAAGUUAUUGUGACAAUGCCUGGAUACAAGCCAAAGAGUGCUUGCGUGGACGGGGACAGAGCAGUCACCAUAGACUUUGUGCUCGAGCCUGCCCACGGCAAUGACAGCCAAGUUUUAGAGGGAUCGGGUUGCUACAUUGGGAGCAAGUCCAGGUUCCAAGUGAUGGAGUACAUGCCGGAGCCGCAACUGCAACUGUAUGUGUUAUUAAUAAUACUAAUAUCGGCUUUUCUUUGUUUAGCAAUGAGGAAGAAGAGUUUGAGAUCCAAUCAUCAUAUGGUAAACCAAAGACACUCCCCACAGCCUAAACGUGCGGCUGUUUGACUCCAACCAGUAAGUUUUUCCAUUUUCUUUUCUUGCUUUUUCUUUUGUUCUGUAUUAUUGCCACAUAGAAAUCAUAUGAAUGAAUGCAUACAUACGUCGGUAGAUGGAUAGUUUAUAUUUAUUUUGUGACAAUUUGAGCAAUGAGCUGAUAGAUUUGUUCCAAGUUUGUGUAUUGAGGUAUUUUAGUAUGUUUUCAAUAAAAGUAAGAUUUUUGAUC